UUGUUUUCCAAGCGAUACUCUUUUCAGAAAGACCAAACGCUGUACUACUUUGUCGAGCUGAAGAGUAUAUUCAGACCAAACCCUGGAGACAAAUGGAUCACCGAUGAAGGAGUUCACAUAAUCGUAACCCACGAGAUCCCAGAGGAGGAUUGUAUCAGAGCUGAAGAUGGAGACACCAUCCAUCAGCACUACACCCUUCAUCUCGAAGACGGUAGUUUUGUCGAUUCAAGCUGGAGCCGGAACAAGCCAUUCGUUUUCAAGCAUCAUCAAAACCAGGUAAGAUACGGUGAGAAGGGUCGACCACCGCGUAUACCUGGAAAUGCACCUCUUCAUUUCGAUGUAGUCCUAGAGAAAAUCAUCAGAGCCGAGAAGACCGAACUUUGA